UUUGGCGGAAAAAAAUAAUUAACUUAUCAAGAAAUGAAAUGGCUAGCGAGCUUGAUGAAAGAGCCCUAGAGGAUAUUAACACCGUUUUAGAAUAUGCUAAGCUAGAAUCGUCUGAUGUAAAGCCAACGGUACAGUGUAUUUAUUUCUCUGAACACCUUGACAAUCAGUCGUUCAAACUUUUGGAGGUGAAUGAUACAGUGCUGGAAACCUUAACAGAUGGAGGAAGAGUAGUAAUUAGAGGGAACUCAGAGGACAUGGCAGUACUUUGCACAAAAACAGCCACUUAUGAAAUAAAAGAGGCAGAGAUUUCGAAUUCUAUGUUGAUUGUUCCACAACUACACAUUGGUCCGGAUCUGGAUGAUUCAGGUCCCCAGAGACUCAAGGUUUCAAAGGUGACAUCUGUGAUGAAUAACUACUAUGAGCUGAGACCAUGCAAACCUAAAGUAUCAAAGCUGAAGAAACUACUGGAGGAGAACAUGUAUAGUGGUAGAGAGUGUGAACAGGACGAGGAGCAUCAGGGUCAUAAGUAUUCCUUUGAGGAUUUGCUGAACAUUGUCCAAGGAAGUGAAACAGAAAUUAAAGAAUCUUUGAAGAAACUUCAGGCUUGUCAAAUUGAAGGUCUAUGA